GAGUCGUUACAGCAGCUAGCAGCACUCACUCUAACUACUACGCUGGGAAAACGCGGUUAAAUACGACACGGUGUCUUCUCCCUCCUCCCAGCAGAGCAGACCUUCCCCUUGGUAGCUCCUGGUGAGUUCUGAGGGCGCCUGCAGCCAGAGUCCUCACACGACAUUGUUUUGGGUUGUAUACGGCUAUAACUACUCUUCUGAGACGCACUCAGCCACAUAGCACAGGUUCCCAUGCGGAGCAGAGUGUCCUCGCGUUCAUUUCUAAAGAGGCUGUGAUUUUUGGUUAGAACUGGUUAUAUUUCAGUGGCAGAGGAAAAUCAAGAGCCUCUCUCUAUCCAACAUUCCAGUUCCAGAACCCUGCUCUGUUCCAGGCGCCCGCGCCGUCAGCCUCAAACGCGCCACAAUGAAACUGAAGGAGGGCUCGUUUCUGUGGUACCUCUAUCUGGACAAGCUGUACUGCCUGUUAUCCGUGAGGAACGUGAAGGUCUUGGUGGAGUAUUUUCACCUUCUCGACGUGCAUCACAACAACACCUUGAAUGAUGUGCUGUUUUACCACUUCCUCCGUCACGUGACAAAAUGGAACCGGUCACAGAUCACAAUUGUGUUUAACAUGCUGGACUGGAAGGCUGUGGGCGAGAUCGGUUUUGACCAGUUCUACAUGUUGGUCUGCAUACUGCUGGCACAGCAGAACCACUUGGAAGAGCAAUUUAUCUUCCGCCACUCCCGGCCUGUUUUUGAGCUGCUUGACCUGGAGGGGCAGCUGAGAAUCGGUCCGGAAAACUUCCACAUGUAUAACUUUCUCUUCAAUAUUAGAAACCAGGAACUCAGAGAGCUCUACCACGACUUUGACAUCACAGGUGACCGUUAUCUUAAUUACAAGGAAUUUAAGCUGUUUACUAUCUUCACCUGGGACAAAUACCAGGAGAGGCAGAAAGCAAAGAAAGAGAAAGAAGAAGAGAAAAGGAAAGAGAAUGAGGAAAAGGCUCUGUUCAAAAAGAAAAGGCUUUCUCAAAUUAAUGUGAGCCUCAGUCUUAUUUGAAUAAAUAAAUGCAUCUGAAAGUAGAAUAUACGUAAUUAUAUCUGUUAACAUUCCUAAAAAUAAAGGUAAAGGAUUGGAGUGGA